CUGCCGGCCCGACUUACUCCACGCUCACUUUUGGUAGGAGGCUACGCCUGUGAGAGAUGCAGUUCCAGUCCUGCUCUGUGCGCCUCCGACGCUGGUGAUGCGCGUCGUGCGGGAAUUAACGCCCAGCAGCAGCAGCGGCGGCGGCGGCGGCGGCAGGAGGAGCAGGAGGAGGUGGGAGUCAGGACAACACAGUGCGUCGGGGAGGCCGAUGGUGAUGAUAAGGUCGGGAUCGUGGCUAACGGAACCGGUACCAUCAUGUUAAAAUGCGUCGUGGUGGGAGACGGUGCGGUGGGCAAAACGUGUCUCCUGAUGAGCUAUGCCAACGAUGCCUUUCCAGAGGAGUAUGUGCCCACAGUCUUUGAUCAUUAUGCAGUGAGUGUCAACGUCGGUGGAAAGCAGUACUUGCUGGGACUGUAUGACACAGCUGGUCAGGAAGACUAUGACCGCCUGAGGCCGCUGUCCUACCCGAUGACCGAUGUCUUCCUUAUCUGCUUCUCUGUGGUAAACCCUGCCAGUUUCCAGAACGUGCGCGAGGAAUGGGUGCCCGAGUUGCAGGAGUAUGCCCCCAGUGUCCCCCACUUGCUCAUUGGCACCCAGAUUGACCUUCGUGAUGACCCCAAGACCAUUGCCAAACUGAAUGACAUGAAGGAGAAGCCUAUACCCACUGAGCAAGGACAGAAACUAGCAAAGGAGAUUGGCGCAUGUUGCUAUGUGGAAUGUUCAGCUUUGACGCAGAAGGGCCUAAAGACAGUGUUCGACGAGGCCAUCAUCGCAAUCCUGACUCCCAAGAAAAAAAAGGGGUCUCUAAAGAGAAGACUGGGACCCCGCUGCAUCAACUGCUGUCUGAUCACGUGAUACUUAAACCCGGAGAUCAUUCAGCAACCAACCAUAAACCAAACCUUGACUGGAGGCAAAAGACAGACAAGAGAAAAAUGCACAGACAGACAGAGAGACAAAACAAGAGCUACUUUGAAGGCUCUUGAAAGGCCAUAACUAUCUUCUGCUGUCCAACACAGGUUAAAGAUGCAGUUUACAACCAAAGGAGCACAAAGUCAGUCUCUUCUUCUAAAAUACUUUUCCUCUAAAGUACCUUCUUUUAUACCCAUUUAAAUAUGUUUCUUACUGUACAGAAUUGAUGUCAUGCAAUGCUACAUUUUAAGUUCAUAUUAUGUCUUUUGGUUUUUAAAGCUAGAUUAUUGAUUUGUGCAUUUGUCUAUAUAAGAGCAGAUCAGUGAAAGCCUAUAACCUAAAUAAUGAGGCUUACUUAAGUGACACUGUGACAAUAGCAAGGAUACAUUUCUAGACAAAGAGCGCUGCGGAGAUAACAUAUUUUUGUGAGCUAACAAAAAGCCAAUAGGAUUUUGGAUUAUUGCAAAAAAAGAAGUUCUGGACAAACAAAAGUUAAUAACACCUGCACGUUUUGUUCAAUGAGAUAAUCUUCACAAAUGAACACCACUUUUAUGAUUUUUAAAGUGUUAGCAAACGGCUUUUAUAAGAAACGUAAAAGCUUCAGUGUGACAUUUACUGAUGUAUUCUAAAUCGUAGAACAACACGUUAACCACAGACCUUAUUUCACGCAUCUAACCAAACCCACUAAAAAACAACAACAUUGACUUUUAGAUGAGGGAACCUGAAGUACGAAAAAGCGGGCUUAUAUCCGUGUUUUAGGACUCAAAAACCUCUAAAAGGUCCCAGGUUUUUCCCCUCCCGAUUUUGAACAUUCUGUUGGCCCACAAAGUCUGUUUCCAAUUAAGGAUCUGUAAAUUAAACCACACAAGGUGUAUUGGAUUGUGUGGGGGAUAACGCAAGGCAACAGUGAGUGUAACGGUGUUCAGAGAACACAUUUUGGACCUAGAACUGACUCAUUUGAAAGUUUUAGAGCCUUUAUAGUGUGGCAUGCCAAAACAUACUGUACGUUUGGGGCUGAGGUCUUUAUCACAUUACAUUACAUUACAUGUCAUUUAGCUGACGCUUUUAUCCAAAGCGACUUACAUUAAGUGCAUUAAACCGUGAGUCCAAACUCAGAACAACAAGA